UCGGAAAGAAUUAAGCACAGUUUGCUACACCGGUAGUGUAUUGCAAUCGCUGCCGCAUGGAGCAACGCGGCAGUGCAAGAAUACUUCAACACUACUUCAACACCGGCAACCACCACCAACCAAAACAAACCAUGGUCCAGAUCGCGUCGUCCCUGCAAAACCCCCCGGUGGGCGGCAGGGGACCAGCGGCAAGGCCACUUCGCCAUCGCUCGCGCAGGUUCACGGCCUGGAUCCGGCCGUGUCUCGCGACCAGCUUCUGCGGUCUGGUUGCGGUUUGGUGGGGGCUUUACUACCAUGUGUUGCUCUUGCACAAGAGCGAACAUCAACUCGUUAGCGGUUUCGAAAAGCAGCAACAGCAACAGCAGCAACAGCAAAACCGACCGCACCAACAGAAACAGAAGGAACGACAAGAACAACAGCGAGCGCUGCUGCUGUCACCCGAGGCCUAUCCGGUGUACGGGACCCACAUGGAACUCGAGUGGAACGGCAGCAACAAGAAUGGAAACAAUGAACAGAACAACGGCAACGGCAACAGCAUAUCUAUGGUCUAUGCUGUCCCCUCCCGCAGCACCCCGGGGAGAAUCCUCGCGACCAAUAAGCCGCCGUCCGCGACCGGAACCGCUGAUCCGCUCGGCCGGAUCAGGGGCGUCGUGGUGCUGCUGCACGCCUGCACGCACAGCGCCCUCAAGUUCUUUGCCCCAUCGGAGGACUCGUGCCCCUCGUGCGUCGGCCUCUCAGAGGAAAUGAGGCUGGCCCGUAUCGUCCUCGAGAGGGGGUACGCGGCGCUCGCGGUGACCUGCUCGAAUGCCAAGAGCGGGUGCUGGGGGGGACACGAGGACGUCCGCCGCAUCCAGCACGCCCUCCGCGAGUUUUGGAGGGCUUCGGUGCCAAUGGAAGCCGGUAGGGACCCCGGGGCUCUCCCGGCCGAGACCAGCGCCCCGGUCUAUGCGAUCGGGGCAUCCUCGGGAGGAGCGAUGGCGGCCAAGCUCGUGGCCGAGGGCGUCGCUCGGUCGGCGACGGUCAUGGUCAUGGCGCUGAGGGAUCAACUUCUGGACAGGCUGCUGGCCCUGCCACAUGAACACAAACUCUACCUUGCGCCCAUGGUCAGGGACAAGGGAACCACCAAUAGGGUGCGCAAAAACUACCAAUACAUCACAAAGCAACAAGAGCAGCGAUCGAGAGAGGAUCCGAAGUCGACCGCAGGCAACAACCACCACGACUUCCAAGUCGUCCUGGACGAAACGUCCUGCAAGCCCCUGCCGGUCACCUCCCACUACCUGUGGAACAGGGUUCCGGGGAUGACCCUAGAGGCUGCACAGAUCAUCGUCGACGUGCUCCUGCGCCAUGGUCACCUCGAUCCUUCCACCCAUCUUUUCCUGAUCGACCCGACGAGAUCCAACUGGAGGGACCAUCUGCUGGAAACACGCGACGGUGGCAAAGACAACAGCAGCAACCAUCCGGGCGAACACAACAACAAGGCCCGGCCCCCAUCGCUCGAGCUGCCGCAACGCGACGCGGGCCCGGUGCAGCAGCGGCCAAAGAACGACGGCGAAAGCCAGUUGCUACUGUGGGGGACCUUUGAUCUGACGCCCGGAAUGUCGCCGCUGGCCAAGGCCCUUCACCGAGCGUGGGCCUUUCACGAAUACUGCAGCGAGGUCGUGGAAAAGUCGCUCGACUUUUUCGAAGGAACCCGCAAAGGGACGCAGUGACGCUGCGAUGCCCGGUCACGAGAUGCAGCCCAGCCCAGCCUAGCCCAGCCCAACACACCAAUCGACGCUCUAGAAUGCAAACAGGCACAGCGUGUUUUUCACUACAUAAAUAGAAUUUGUCGCUGGAC